AUGGAUAAUUCUCUUCCUCUCCAUCUUUGUCAUGUCCACUACUUCUCCAUAAUCAUCAAUAGAUCACACGCAAUCCUCCAUUCGAUAGCAAUAGCUUUCUUGAUAUACUACAGGGUUUCUUUCUUUUUCCAAGAAAUCAAAAACAGGACCGUACCCACACUUCCAUGGCUUCUAAUCUUUGCCUCCGAAUUGAUUCUCUCUUUCUCCUGGCUCCUUGCACAAGCUUAUCGUUGGCGUACUGUUUCUCGGACAGUAUUUCCAGAGAGAUUGCCAAGUGAUGAUAAACUUCCAGCCAUUGAUGUGUUUAUUUGCACCGCGGAUCCAAACAAGGAGCCGACUGUGGAGGUUAUGAACACUGUGAUAUCAGCUAUGGCGCUAGAUUAUCCACCAGAAAAGCUUCAUGUGUAUCUUUCGGAUGAUGGUGGUUCUGCUGUAACUUUGGGUGGUAUCAAGGAGGCUUGGAUCUUUGCUAGGUCGUGGCUUCCAUUUUGUAGGAUGUAUGGUAUCAAAACUAGGUGCCCUGAGGCUUAUUUUUCAGGAUCUCAAAAUAACCAUGGCGACUUUAAUUGUUCUAAGUUCAUGGCAGAGAGGCAAAAGAUGGAGGAAAAAUAUGAGAUGUUCAAGGAAAGGGUAAGGAGAGUUGGAGAAAAACAUUGUAAGAUGGCAGAAGCAGCUGCUGCCAUUAACAAUAGAAGUGAUCAUCCAUCUGUGAUUGAGGUUAUACAAGAGUAUCCCAAUAGGGAACUGCAACAAGAUGAAGUUAAAAUGCCUCUCCUUGUCUAUGUUGCUCGUGAGAAAAGGCCUUCUCAUCAUCAUAAUUUCAAGGCUGGAGCCCUCAACGUCCUUCUUCGGGUCUCAGCGAUGAUGAGCAAUUCUCCAUACAUUCUGGUGCUUGACUGUGACAUGUACUGCAAUGACCCAACUUCAGCUAGGCAAGCAAUGUGUUAUCACUGUGAUCCUGAGAUAUCCCCUUCUCUGGCAUUUGUGCAAUUCCCUCAAAAGUUCAGGAACAUUAGUAAAGACGAUAUCUACGACAGCCAAAUUCGAUCUAUAUUCAAGAUACAAUGGCACGGUCUUGAUGGCCUGGACGGACCAGUUGUGUCUGGUACAAACUUUUAUAUAAAGAGGGAAGCAUUAUUGGGCAGUUUUAGUACGCAAGAAGGUAUAGACCUUUCGGUACUUAAGAGAUCUUUUGGUGAAUCCAACGAGUUCAUCAAAACGCUUUGUCAACACUAUAACCCUACUUUACUCAAUGGUAGGGAAUCUUCAAGCAUGUUGCUGGAAGAGGUGAAAGUUUUAGCCUCUUGCUCCUAUGAAAAUCAGACAACAUGGGGUACAAAGGUGGGUAUUAUGUACUUUUGUGUAGUGGAAGAUUAUUUUACGGGAUUUACUCUACACCGCAAUGGAUGGAAAUCUGUCUAUCUUGAUCCACCAAGACCACAAUUCUUGGGAACUUGUACCUCAAACUUCAAUGAACUAUCAAUUCAGUGGACAAGAUGGACAUCUGGAUUGGUUCAAGUUGCUAUCUCUAGGUUUUGCCCUCUCAUUUAUGGACCUCUAAGGAUGUCUUUGCUUCAGCUCAUGUGCUAUACAGAACUUGCAUUUUUGCCUCUUCUUUCUAGCCUGCCUCUUUGGGGCUUUGCUCUUAUCCCUCAACUCUGUCUAUUGAAUGGCAUUCCAUUGUACCCAGAGGUUUCAGAUCCAAAUUUCAGCAUAUUUUUGUUCAUUUUCAUAUCUGCUCUUUCAAAACAUUUAUACGAGAUUCUCAUAACUGGAGGGCAAAUUCGAACAUGGAAAAAUGAAUGGAGGAUAUGGAUGAUAAAAUCAGUCACAUGUUAUUCCUAUGGAAGCUUGGAUGCAAUUCUGAAUAAGCUUGGCUUGAGGGAAGCCAGUUUCGUGCCCACCAAUAAAGUUACUGAUGGUGAACAAGUUAAGCGAUAUGAGAUGGGAAUAUUUGAUUUCCAGGCGGCAACCAUGUAUCUUGCCCCAUUGGUUACAAUAAUUCUAGUGAACAUUGCAUCAUUUGUUGGAGGUGUUGUUAGAAUUAUGGUCUUGGAUAAUGGAGAUCACUGGAAAGAGAUGGCUGUACAAAUCUUUCUCUCAUUUUACAUAUUAAUCACAAAUUAUGCAGUUAUUGAAGGGAUGAUAAUCAGGAAGGACAAGGCCAAAAUUUCAUAUUCUGUUACUUUGUUAUCUGCUGUAUUUUCAGGGAUUAUCUUGUCAGUCGGAUCUGCCAUUCUGUGUUAA